AUGCUCGCUAUGGACAGCGGUAUACUAGGCAUUGGCAUCUACUGCCUGCUCCCCGCAGUCCUACUCUACCUCAUCAACGCAACAUUCUUCCGCACCCCGGCCCCUAAAGGCGUCGCUUAUAUACGCGAACCACCAGGGAAAACCGGGUUCAGUCUCAAGACGCGCCUGGCAUACCUAGCAGACUGCGAGUCGCUGUUCCGCGAAGCAUACGAGAAAUACCUCAAGAACGGCGAGGCGGUCGUUCUUCCUGGCUUCGGUCUGCGCUGUGAACUGGUAUUACCUGGUAGCUCGCUGCGAUGGGCGAUUGCGCAGCCCGACAGCGUGCUUAGUGUGGACCAGGCGUUUGCGGAAAUUGACCAGGCGGAUUAUAGCCUGGGACAUGCGAAGUAUAUUACGGAUCCGUGGCAGGGGAACCUGGUGCGGACGGAGCUGAAUUCUGUGUUGGAGAAUAUUGUCGCCGCGUUGAAUGAUGAAUUGGGGGUUGCGUUUGAUGCGCAUUUUGGGACUGAUGGGGAUAAUUGGAAGGAGAUUGACUUGCUCAAGACGGUCAGGGUGGUUGUGACCCAGGCUGCGAGUCGGUUUACGGUGGGAUUGCCGCUGUGCCGCAACCAGGAGUAUCUCAACGACUGCCUCGCUGCAGUAGAUGGCUGCUUGAUCACUGCUGGCGUGGUUGGCGGACUUCCUACUGUAUUACGUCCAUUCCUAGGCCCUCUGGUCGGGCUCAAGGCCAGACUGGCAAAUAGACGCGUGCGAAAGCACUUUCAACCGCUAUAUUACGAGCGCCUCAAGACCCUCGAAUACAGUGCAGACGAUUCAUCCCACGUCGAACCGCAGGACCACAUCCAGAUGAUGCUGCGGUACGCGCAGAAGAAAAGACCACACGAACUAUACGACCUGAAUAACAUCGCAACGCGCCUGACAGCGGCGAACUUCGGCUCGAUGCACCAGACAACUAUCCAGACGACGAACAUGCUCUUGAAUAUUCUCGGCUCUGAUGCAGAGUACAACACCGUCGCUGCUCUCCGGGACGAGGCUGCGGAGAUCCUAGGCUCCGAUACGCAAUGGACAAAAGCCAAGGUGUCCAGGAUGGUCAAGGCGGAUAGUGUCGCGCGCGAGACAAUAAGGCUUCACUCCUUUGGCGGCCGAGCAGGGUUUCGCAAGGUGAUUACCGACGGGGUGACCACGGAUGGAGGGCUUGAACUACCCAAGGGCGUUCAGUUCUCGUUUCUCAGCCAUCAGGCACAUGUGGACGGGGCUGUAUAUGAAGACCCCCUCAAGUACGACCCGUUCAGGUUCUCGCGUGCUCGAGAGGCGGGCGAUGCAGGACAGACUGGCUCGCAGAGCUUUGUGUCGACGGGGCCGCACUAUCUGGGGUUUGGACAUGGGAGGCAUGCUUGUCCUGGGCGGUUUUUGAUUGACUUUGAGCUGAAGAUGAUUAUUGCGUAUGUCCUGCAGAACUAUGAGGUGAAGUUCCCUGAGGAAUAUGGUGGAAAGAGACCUCCUAAUCGCUGGAUGGCGGAGGCUGUCGUGCCCCCAGACGGGGUCAAGGUGCUUGUAAAGCGACGGUCUUAA